CCUCGCUCCUGCCCCUGCCGCCCUUGCUCUCGCUUCCCUGUGCCCCGCAGGACCCGCCUCUCGACGCCCCGCCGUUUGAAGCCGGAGCCAUCGUAUGUCCCGGAAUCCGCAUGCCUACCCUUCGGGUUGGUUCGCCACCGACGUCGUGAUCGGCACCUCGGACGGCUCCUCGUCGGGCCAGCCCGGCCGAAGGCCCGAGGGCCGACCCAUGCACGAUGACUCCUGGAUCCGGGUGCCCGACUGGCCGGCGGAGGACACCUGGUUCGAGGAGCUGGUCAGCUUCUUUGACAACCUGCGCCUCGGCUCCGGUGGGCGCCCUCCGGUGUGCUCCCUUUGCCCGAAUGACCAGCCCGCCUGCUUGGCCAGGUGCGAGAGGUGUUCGCGGUGGUUUUGCAACAUCCGCCUGUCGGCCGGCCAGCCGAGCCAUCUCAUUCGGCACUUGCUGGACUCGCAGCACGACGCCAUCGGUCUGCACCCGGAGAGCCUCCUCGGCGGCCUGGCCGUCCGAUGCCGCGCCUGCAACGAGUCGAACCCCUUCCUUCUGCGGAUUUAUCGCUUCGACGAUUGGUCUCGCGACGGGAUCUACUGCAACGAACUGUGUCUGUACCGGGCGUGUGGUUUUACGCUUUUCACUGGCUGGGAGCGGCUGGUCGAUGGCCCGGUCCUCUCGAAGCUGGUGGUGUCCUGGUCCCUGCCGCAGCGAGGCGCGAAUCGUCCGCAACCGAGCUCGCCCAGCCCGCCGAGCACCCCUUACCGACCGAGCUCGCCCAGCCCGCCGAGCACACCUUACCCGCCGAGCACACCUUACCGACCGAGCUCGCCCAGCCUGGCAGAGGUGCCGGAGAUCGGGGCCUUUCCCGCUGUCGAUCAGGAAUAUGGCGCUCGGGGCCCGGCGCCGAGGGAUCCAUCGGACACCAGGGUCCCGGAUGUUUUCACAUCGGCGAUCCACUAUCGGCGGGUCUUCGAGCCGCUUGUCAAGCUGGAGCGCGACUAUGCCCUUGAGAUGGCCAACUCCGUCAUCGAGUACGACGCCAAGGGUUGGCUGGAUCCGUACGGGCGGAGCUUCCUGCACAUUCCGCUGGACAGUUCCUUGCGUCUGUCGGACGGCUGCUUCCUGUGCAUCUCGCAUCCGGACCUUCAAGGGGUGGAGCUUUUCGCCUGUGUGACCCGUAUUACCCAUGGCGCGGUCAAGGAGCUGGAUCUCCUGCUGCGGUUUGUCACCGCCGAGCAUGAGCCCCUGCUGUUGAGGGAGUCCGGUCUCUCGGUCAAGCUCAGCGAGAACCCGGUCCACUUCAUGCGGGUGCUCGGGGCGCUGGAGGGCUUUUCCAACAGGACCCUCGUCGACCCGGUCAUCCAGGGCCAUGUCUUGGGCCAAUGCAUGGGCCGUCAGAUGCCGGCCGGCUUCCGGCCGCUGCACAUGGCCGAUGACUUCCAGGCCCCGGGCGUCAGCCCGCCCAAUGAGUCGCAGCUGCGGGUGAUGCAGAAGGUCGUGUCGCAGGCGUUCAGCCUGAUCCAGGGCCCGCCGGGGACCGGCAAGACGGCGACCAUCGCCAAUCUGGUGCACUUCCUGUGGCUGCAGGGCCGGAGCAUUCUCCUGUGCGCCCCGUCGAAUGUGGCCGUGUCCAACAUGUGUGGCCGUGUCCACGCCUCGGGGCUGGAUGUCCUGUGGAUGGAGAGCGACGCGCGGGAGUUCAUGGUUUCGCCGCACAAGCAUCUCACACUUCUGGAGAGGCUCAAGAAAGACGACCCCCGUGCCCGGAGCAUCAUCGACGGACGGCGUCGAGGCCACUACAACCCGAAGGGCGCCCAGGGCCGCGACGAUGCCCAGUACCUGCGGGACCUGCGGGAUACCUAUCUUCGGCGUGCCAGAAUCGUGGCAGCCACCCUCUCCUCGUCGGCCGCCUUCGAGCGGCGGUUCGACGUGCUGAUCGUCGACGAGGCCACCCAGUGCACGGACCCGGAGGUGCUGGUGGCCCUGAUGCACGGGCCGUCGAUGGUCAUCCUGGUGGGCGACCACAUGCAGCUGGGCCCGGUGGUCAUGAACCCGGAGGCCGUGGCGGCCGGGCUGAGCCGGUCACUCUUCGAGCGGCUGAUCCUGCUGGGGAGCCAGCCCCUGCGCUUGGAUGUCCAAUACCGCAUGCACCCCUGCCUGUCGGCCUUCCCGUCGGAGGCCUUCUACGAGGGGACCCUGGCGGAUGGGGUUCGGGCAGACCAGCGGCGCCGGCCGGCGGUGGACUUCCCCUGGCCGGACCCGGACUCGCCGAUGAUGGUCUACUCGGAUGCCGGGGUGGAAAAGUCCUCCGCCUCUCGGACCUCCUUCUUGAAUUACUCCGAGGCGCAGAAGGUGCUCGAGGUGCUGAACCGGCUGCUGGGCCAGGGCGUCCGGCCGGAGGAGAUCGGCGUCAUUUCGCCCUACGACGGCCAGUGCCAGCACAUCCGCCGGCUGCUGGAAAGGCAGACCACCCUGCCGAGGGAUGUCUAUGCCCGGGUGGAUGUGGCCAGUGUGGACUCCUUCCAGGGGUCCGAGCGGGACUACAUCAUCCUGUCGACCGUGCGCACGCAGACCGUGGGCUUUCUGACGGACCUGCGCCGGCUGAAUGUGGCCAUCACGCGUGCGCGGUAUGGCAUGAUUGUCAUUUGCAAUACCGGGCUCCUGCGGCGGAUCCCCCUUUGGGACAAGCUCAUUCGGCGCUUCCACAGCCAGGGGCUGCUGGUUGCCGGGCCUCUUGACAACCUGAGGCCGGUCGGGCACGGGGGCCGGCCCGGGGCCGGCACCAUGCGGGCUGGGCCCCCGGCGGCCCCCGGCGGCCCGGCCCCCGAUCCGGCGUCCAAGGCGCCGAAGCGCAAGGGCGCCAAGGCCAAGGCCCGGCCAGCGGGCGAUGGUGUCCUGGACACGGCGGCCAGGGGCUCCUCGCGGGCCGGCGCUCGGCCGAAGGCCCAGGAUCUUCCGAGGGUGCAUGGCUCCGCCGGCGGCGAGGCUCCCGCGGACAGCCUCGAGCCGGCCAGGCCCCCUGCCCCAUCCCCGGGGGCUCCCACGGGCGGGGGCUUCCCCAAGACCGAGGGCGGCUCCAAGAGCCGGAGACCCUCGCGCGCGGCCGGGACUCCGCCGAAGGCCCGGGGCGGGGAAGAGGCCGAGGGCGCCGCACGGUCCCAGGCCGGCCCGCGGGCGAAGGACCCCCGCCGGAAGGCCAAGACCCGGGCAUCGACGGACGCCGGAGCCGAGGCCGCGCCCUCGGCGCCGUCCGUGGCGACGCGCCGGGGGACUGGCGAUUCGGGCGUCGGGCCACUUUGAUGGGCGCAGCCAGCCACCCCGGCCCUCGCGCCAUGGAUGCUCCCCGGUGUGCGGGCCUGGCGCCGGUGGUCGGUGGGGGUUGCGCAUGCGCUCCGGCACGGCCGAUGGCCCUCCGCAUGGGCACCUGCAAUGGGCGGGCCGCCGGGUGCUUGCGAUGUGGCCCCUGCCGGUGCGGUCCAUGGGCUUGCUCGGCUCCCCUUUUCCGGCGUCGCUGUCGGUUCUUCUCGAGGGCGCGCCCGGGCGCCGGGGCUGCUGGCGAGGGCGCUGCCGGGAGCGAGCGUGUGCGCCUCUCCAUGGCCAGGGGGCGGCGUUCCGUCCCCGGGACUCCGGGCGGCCUGGUCCGGCGGCUCGGCCGCGCGGGGGCUUGUGGAUGGAGGGGGGCACGGGCGGGCAGCCCCGUGGCCGGGGGGCUUUUGCCGCGGGGCGUUUUUUAGGUGACACGCGUGGGGCCAGCAGCAACGCGCGCACCUGGCCCUCUCGGAGGGCGCCGGCAUGCUGAUCCGCGUGGUGGCUUUUCCCCCUCGACCCUGCUUGUUUCCCCCCUCCCGGCGGGUGUUCUUCCUCCUCUCCCCCGGGGUCCAUGAAGCUGGGCGGGGUGCCGGGCGCCCGACACAAUGGGCCUGCUCUUGUCGGAUGGCGCCGUCCCCCCCGCCACCCGGUGCGCUUGCUGGCCGAGCGCCGGGCCGCACUCGUCGCUGUGGCCGGCGAUAUCCCGGCACCCUUCACUCGCUCCCUGCCCAGUCAUGACACCCGGCGGUCGUGCGCGUCUUGAGUGCACUCGGCCAGGGCAGGGCGGUCGGGGGGGAAGGGGGUUUUAGAUGCCCCGUGCUCGGGUAAGCC